AUGGAAACAGGUUUAGACAGCAAAGCCAUCAUUUGAGAGACCGAAGACAGAGACGAGUUCAAAGUCACCACUCUUAACGUCAAGGCUCCAGCUCCAGGCUUCGUCAGAGUCCAAAUGAAGUACGCUUCAUUCAGCAAACACGACGGAUUUCACCACAGCUACGACUCUAAUGCAGAGUAUCCUUUCUUGGCUGGAUAUGACGGAGUUGGAAUUGUUGAUGAAGUUGGUGAAGGAGUCGAAGAGUACAAGAAAGGCGACUCUGUUGCUGUAUUCUAUGUUCCAGGCAACCCCACUCUUAAAGGCAAAACAAACUUGCCUGAUCAUGCAGUUAAAAUUCUUGGAAAGGGCAAGUUUUGGAAACUCCCAGCUCAUUUGCAAGCUUAUUCAGAUGAUAAGAGCAUUGCUGGAUUCCAGGGAGUUGGAACAUGGUCUCAGUAUGCUUGCUUCCAUGCUGCCCAUUUGACAAAGCUCGAUGCAGAACCAACCAUCAAAGAUGCAGCUUUGGGAUCAGCUUUGUGUACUGGAUACCUUGCUCCUUCGAGAGUUCUUAAAGUUGAUGAAGACGCCACAAUUGCUAUCUUCGGAUCUAACAGUGUGGGUCUGACUCUGAUUUCAGGACUGAAGAAGUACAACCCAAAGAAAGUGGUAGUCGUAGGCAAUGUUGAUGACCAAGAAGUCUUCGAGAAGUUUGGUGCAACCUACAUUGUUGAUGAAGGAGAACCUACAGAUGUGCAAGCAAAGUUGAUGGAAGAGUCUGCUUCUGGAUAUGAUUUCACAUUUGAAGCGUCUAACUUCAAAAGAUUUGGAACUGUUGCUUUAGAGAUUUGUCACAAAGGAUGGGGUAAAUGUGCUCUCCUUACAAAAUCUGACGAGAAAGAUGCUACUAUUUCAACAAAGCCAUUCCAGUUAGUCACAGGCAGACACUGGAUUGGGUCGUUCAUGGGUAAUGUCAAUAUCGCUCAUGAUCACGAGGACUUGCUUAAAGACCACUCCGAAAUCACCGAUAGCAUUUCUGAAUACUUGUACCCUGAAGACCACGUUGUGUCUAUCGAUGAGUUCCCAAGCAAGUGGAAGGAGUUGAGUGAGACAGCCACAUAUCACAGGACUAUUAUUGAAUUCUAACUGAUAAGGGAGUACUUUC